GAGCAGAGGCGAUCGGGACGGAGCGCGCUCGAAGAUGAAACCAUCGACUGGGUUUCGAAUUCUGACAGACGAGGACGCGCACAAACACGACACGGAAAAACUGAAGUGUUUUAAACAACAGCCCUGGUGGUGAAGGAUUGUUUUUGAUCAUAACAGAAGAUGUUUGCACAAAAUCAGUGACGUUUUCUCCUCGCGGAUACGCGCGGUACCCUCGGAUUACGCGUAAUUUGAGAUUUCGUAAAACUUCAGGCGUUUUCUGACGGGUUCAUUUGAAGAUUAGAAAGUGACUCGUUUCGGUUUAAGGCACUGGGGUUGUCAGGAUUAGGACAGAAGCCAAAAGAGGUGCAUUACAAAAAAGAUCCCAUCACCCCCUGAGUGACAUUUCCUUCUCAUGAAUACAGAUUAGUCUCCAUUAAUGUUGUCAAGUGCUAAAGAUCUGUUUAGACAAAGACAUUGGAAUGUUAAAAUUCCUGUAUGCUUGCAGGGAAAUAUAGACAUACGUCAGGGCACUUUUGUCCCAUGCAAUGUAAAUAUUUUAUCACUGUUCUGCAAAUAUCAAGGCUACAGAAAGGUUAUUGAGCCAUCCACUGUGCUGCUGAAAGUAUUUCUACUGUGAAUUUAAAGGACGUUAAACUCAUUCUUAUGAAAAAAAAUCAUCUCAUACAGCAUAUUUCAACCACUACUUUCAGGAUACUUUAUAUAUGACCGCAAACUGAUGCAUGUUCAAUCACGGUCCAGAUAUGCAAUACAUCAAAGUCUUCCACUCCGGUUCAAAAAGGAUUUUAAUUCAGAUUAAUCUCUGGCAGGUCUGAACCCUCAGGGUUGUGUCCAGCAUCCCACCCUAACCAUGACUGUGUGCCAUCAUCUCCACUGAGCAAUGCUUUGCAUCAUCCCACAUUUCCAAGAUGGCAAAAUGUGAACUAAUCGAAUUACAGGACUUGACUCCAAAUGACCGUAUUGAAUUAGCGUCACCUACUGGCCCUCCGCCCAUCCCUGGCCAGACUUUGGACAGAUGGGGCACGGAGAAGGUGGUGCGGAUGGUGGGGGAGCGUGUCCGUCUGGAGGAUCCCUAUUGGUCGAUGGGUAAAUCCGGACUGGGACACGACUUUCAGCCGAGCAGUCCGACCCAGCUCAGCUGGUGUGACCUCUGUGGGGAGUUUAUAUGGGGCCUGUACAAACAGAGCCUUCGGUGCACACACUGUAAUUACACCUGUCAUUACCGCUGUCAACCCUUUAUUCAACUGGACUGCAGCUUGACCUCUGACCUCAUCACCGACCAAUCAAACUACUGCGAGGACACGAUUGAGACAGACACUAAUGUGGAUGAACAAGUGGACUGGAGGAAGCAAGAGCUCUCCAGCAGUGAAAUACAGCAGAAGGUGAAGGAAUACAACGCUCAGGUCAACAGUAACCUCUUCAUGGUUUUGAAUCGUGAUGGUUCGUACACUGGCUUCAUAAAGGUCCAGUUUAAGCUGGCGCGGCCCGUGUCUAUCCCGCCCCCGCGGAACGUUUCCUCAUCUUCUGGGGAGGACAAAGCACUGAAGCAUCGCACCUCGUUUUACCUGCCCAGAGAUACAGUCAAACAUCUCCACAUCAGCUCCAAAACCCGGGCCAGAGAGGUCAUAGAGGCUUUGCUGAAGAAGUUCACUGUGGUGGACAACCCAGCCAAGUACUCUCUGUUUGAACGCAGCGAGAGACAAAAUCAAGUCUACUUGAAGAAAAUAGCAGAUGAUGACCGUCCGCUUUUCCUGCGUCUGUGUGCCGGGCCCAACGAGAAAGUCCUCAGUCUGGUUCUUAAAGAAAAUGAAACGGGGGAAGUUAAUUGGGACGCUUUCAGCUUUCCCGAGCUGCAGAACUUCCUGCGCAUACUGCAGAAAGAGGAAGAAGACUAUGUGCGGCAGAUUGUCCGGCGUUACGCCCUGGCACGUGACAAGAUGAACGACGCCAUGAAGAACUUCAGCACACCAGGCUGAAGCGCACACGGGCUACAUUUUAUACCUCUGAAACGAAAGAAGACGAAGAGGAAGCGUACAUGCACGGCCUAAAAUGGUUUGAGUACAAAGAGUGUGUGUGGAAGAAUCUUCAGGUCCAUUAGGACAUGACUGGAGUGAGAAAUGCAAGAGAAAUGCAGUGCGAGUGUGACUGUUGUGCGUAUGAAGAGCGUAUGCAGACUUUACACUGAGAGAAAUACUGCUAUCCUAGCUGGAUUCAGUGGAAUGGCUGCAAUGGUGGAGUGACGUCUUUUGACUGUUUGACUGUGGUGAAUGGAACAAUGCAGAGUUCUGUUACAGAGUAUUUUUAGGGAAAUAUUGAAUAAGUAUUUUACUGUAUUGACAUUCCAAGAUUUAGUGAUGUUUAUAUAAAUCAUUUUAUCAUUAAAAUAUAUAUGUAUAAAUAUCUGUUAAUUUCUUGGAAUAAUUAAUAAAAAUAAAAUAUUUUCCCGUA